UGUACAGUGACGUCAUAGCCGUCACGACUUGUCCGGUGGUUCUUGCGCGAUGGGCAUUCAUUGCUGUUCUUAAUGACAAGUUUUCUUUUCCGUCGGAAAUGCAGCUUCUAUUUCACUCAUCUGGAAAGCUGAAGGCUCGCUCUCGAGCAUGGAUAGCCGCUCCGUGAAAGUCAUAUUUAUCCAGCACGCGUGUCAAGGUGCCUGUUCGUAGCGCGAAUCGUUCGCCGGGUUUCGUGGAUCAAUUGUUGUAUUCGGCCGGCUGAAGAGUGAUCAUGCGGGACUUUCACUAAUCCUAUAUUGCUGCAUUGGACUAAACCGACAGGCGGUCUGGUCAACGCGUCACCAAAAAAUAAGCUUUUUGAUCACUGCCGUUGCUCGCGUCUCUCAUUCCGUUAUGUAUUCCCAGCUCAUCGUCGCGCUUUCGCUUCUCGUUAGUGCCUAUGCCUACGUUGCUGAUCAGCUCCAAGGUGCUGUACCGAAUUUGGAAUUUCGUGCGUCUGAAGAUGUGUUCAAGCCUGCUGCCACACCAACUUCUGGAGAUGGUGUAUCCUUGGAGUCCAACACAGAAUUCUGGCAUGGAUUCCUUGGGGCUAUUUCAGUCAUCAUUGUCUCUGAGCUUGGAGAUAAGACAUUCUUCAUUGCGGCCAUCCUUGCCAUGCGCCACUCACGCUUGGUCGUAUUUGGGGGUGCCAUUGCAGCUCUGUCCAUCAUGACAGUGCUCUCAGCUGGCCUAGGCUUUGUAACUACAGUUAUUCCCCGUAUAUACACGCAUUAUUUGUCCAUUGCCCUCUUCGUCUUCUUUGGUGUUCGCAUGAUAAAAGAAGCAUAUGACAUGCAACCUGGUGAAGGCCUGGAUGAGUACGAAGAGGUCCAGAAAUCACUGAGCAAAAAAGAAAUGGAUGACAGUGCUAGCCAGGCGAGGGACUCGGUAGUCAACAUGGAGGCCGGAUCAUCAUCAGUGAGCUUUCGUUGGCGGCUGCGCUUGUUCCUGUCCCAGGUGUUCUUCCAGGCCCUCACCCUCACUUUUGUGGCAGAAUGGGGGGACCGCUCACAGAUUGCCACAAUCAUUCUCGCUGCACGAGAGGACCCGGUGGCAGUAUCACUUGGAGCCAUCCUGGGCCACAGCCUGUGCACUCUGCUUGCAGUCAUAGGAGGAAGGCUGGUGGCACAGUGGAUAUCUGUCCGAACAGUCACCUUCAUCGGAGGUGUUGUGUUCCUGGUCUUUGCAGUGUCAUCGUUGUAUCUUGGGUCUGGAGAAAAAGCACUGAGGAGCCUAUGAGGCUGCAGCUUUUUGACAGGCCCAAGGCACCAAAGAGAAUGUGAAGUUUAGGACUGUUGAUAUAAAGAAGUAAAGUUCAUGCGCACGGAUUAUGGAUGGCCACGGCUUGCAAACUGUAGGAAGUGAAUGAAAAAUUCAAUAGUGUCUUUCUAUAUCUUAUUUAAUGGGCAUUCUUAAAUGGUCCCUUGGAAGUUGAGCGAUUAACUGGGGCCGCAUUUAGUAUGUGUAAGCAGCAGUAUUCAGGCUGCUUAUGUUCCCAACGAAUUCUGUUAUUCUGUGAUCCUUGCUUGUUAUAUAUUUAAGUAGAGCUCAUGCCUACAAAUCAAUUGUUUAAGCCAGCUAGCUUGAGGAGAUAAUAUAGCGUAGCGUUCUUGGGCACCGGCAUGUUUCAGCUCGUUUUUGUUACUUGGUAUAGCGUGCAGCUUGUUGUCCUGUUUAAUCUACUAUUCUGUUGCUGCUCAGUUGUAUGUGUCGUAUCCUAAGGAAGGAGGUCUGUAACCGUGGCAUGUAAAUCCUUGUACAAAUUUUUUAUUUCAAUGUAUAGCUUUUGCAAUGGUUGCUGUUCAGCGCUCAUGUAUGAGACUCAGCAAUAAAAACAUUUUUGUAGCAA